AUGGCGCUUCCGCCCAAAGUCUACAACUUUCUCUGUGCCUGCUUUGCUGCCAAUGGCGCAGCCUUGUUCGGUUAUGAUCUCGCGGUAAUCUCUUAUGUCCUCAUCGCCAAGGACUUCCUCCAGACGGUCGGUAUGGGCACCGGUAUCGGCUCGCCCGGAUACAACGAGAACUUUAUCGGUUUCAUCGUGUCAAGUCUACUCCUUGGUGCCUUUGUAGGCAGUAUCCCCGCUUCGCUCAUCGCCGACAAGUUCAGCCGACGGACAGCUAUCGUAUGCUCUGGUCUGGUGUUCUUGCUCGGAGGCUCGCUCCAGGCUGGAGCCCAGAGUGCGGGUAUGAUGCUUGCUGGGCGAUUCUUUGCUGGGUUCGCUAUCGGGAUGCUUGGUGUGCUCACUCCUCUAUAUCAGUCCGAAAUCGCCCAUCCGUCCAACCGCGGUCGCCUCGGUGCCACGUUCCAGCUCUUCAUCGGUAUCGGAGCCUUCGUCGCCGGGUGGAUCGGGUACGGCUGCUCCGUCGCUCAGCCUGGAACCGCUUUGGAGUGGCGACUACCCCUCGCCUUCCAGAUGCUUCCCGCCGUUCCCCUCGUCUUCCUCACUUUCCUCCUCCCCGAGUCCCCUCGAUGGCUCAUGAUUCAAGGCCGCGAGGAGGAGUCUCUUCAGACUCUCGGACGACUGCACGCCAGGGGCAACAUCAACGACACAUUCGUACAGGGCGAAUUUGACCUCAUGCGUCGCAAGGUUCUUGAGGAGGCGGCUUUGGAUCAGUCUUGGGGUUUGAUUUUCUCCGAUCGGACCAAUCUUCGCAAGGUUAUCUAUGGGAUUAUCCUCCAGUUCUCCGUGCAGAUGACAGGUGUAUCAGCGAUCCAGUACUAUGCGGGACAAAUAUACCAGUCGGUCGGCUUCGAGAAGGACGCUCUCCUCAUUAACUCCAUCAACAAUGUCAUCGGGCUCCUUGGACAAGUGGUAUGCGUCAUGUUCCUCGACCGUAUCGGCCGCAGGCCGCCACUCAUUUGGGGGAACAUCAUCGCCUCCGUUUGCUUCGCUAUCUGCACCGGCCUCGCCAAGCAGUUCUACGAUGAAGUCGGAACCAAGGGCCAGGGAAUCGCUUUCGUCGCUUUCAUCUACAUCUACAAUUUCUUCUUCUCGUCUUGUAUCGGUCCCCUGUCUUGGGUGUAUCCCGUGGAGAUCAUGAACACUGCCAUCCGCGCCAAGGCUACCGCGCUCACCACCAUGGCUGCUUGGCUCGCCAACUUCAUGAUCGGUCAGAUCUCCCCCAUCGCCUUUGCCAAUAUUGGCUGGAAAUACUACCUCGUCUUCACCGUCUGCGGUGCUACCAACGCCCUUACCUUCUGGCUCCUCUUCCCCGAGACCAAAGGCCGCACUCUCGAGGACAUGGACUCCUACUUCCGCAACCACCCCUGGAUCGUUCCCGGCGCCAACGUCGAAGCCGUGGACGGUCGGACGAGGGAGAAGGAGCUGGCUGACAACGCGGUCGAGAAGGACGCGGGUGAGAAGCCGCACGAGAACAGACUCGAAUCGGUCUGA